CAAUAACUUUAUUUAACGAUCAUGUCUGGCAGAGGGAAAACCGGAGGCAAAGCCCGCGCCAAGGCCAAGUCCCGCUCCUCCAGGGCCGGACUCCAGUUCCCGGUGGGUCGAGUGCACAGGCUACUGCGCAAGGGCAACUACGCGGAACGAGUCGGCGCCGGGGCUCCGGUGUAUCUGGCGGCCGUGCUGGAGUACCUGACCGCCGAGAUCCUGGAGCUGGCCGGCAAUGCGGCCAGGGACAACAAGAAGACCAGGAUCAUCCCCAGACACCUCCAGCUGGCCGUGCGCAACGACGAGGAGCUUAACAAGCUGCUGGGGGGUGUGACCAUAGCUCAGGGGGGAGUGCUGCCUAACAUCCAGGCUGUCCUCCUCCCCAAGAAGACGGAGAAACCGGCCAAAAGCAAGUGAAAGACUCCCUGCAGACCGGCACCGAGCCACUUUUUCAGACCAGUGCUCGUUUUUGGAUGAACAACCUUUCGAAUAGCGGACAGUGUUCGAUGUUGCUUGUUUCUACAAAUGGAGACGUACAG